AUGUCCCUGCUAGAGCCUCCGCCAUCCUACGACAGCAGCCUGCGUCGCACAAAAUCAGAUCGCGCCCAUCGCCGCCCAAAACCAAAGAAGUACGUCGCAGACACCAUCGACAAGCUCGACGUCACUUCCUUUGGCGGACCCUACCACCACGGCGGCCCCUACGAUGCCACCUUGAAAUCCUUCAACCUGAACUCCAAGUUCUCACCGGUUGCCGCAGUUAGGGAAGGCAACAAAGCAGCAUGGAAAGCAACGCCCCGCGAGGCAAAGCUCGAUGCACUUCUGAAGGGCCGGCCGCUCGACGGCAUCGCCAGCGUACCCCCCGGCGAACGUGCCCUUAACGGCGAACUCAUGGAUUACGAGUAUAGUACCGAUAUGCUCAGGGAUCCUCACGCCGGCGGCGGGGCUUAUAAACAGUGGCCUGGAGUAAAAUACCACCCCGACGACCUCAAGGGAAAGGGAGAGCCCGGCUUUUCCAUGGACAGAGAACGACGGGCCAAGGAGGGAGUCGCACGGUCCCAGUCUGUUCGCGAGAGACGGGGCGAGUAUGAGAUGGUCCCCCAGCGGCCUCGCGGUGACAGCGACGGAAGCAAGGACCCCGGGUCGCCCGCCAUCUUGGUCCGGCAGCGAAGUAGCAGCGCUGCUGCUAGCUCGAGUCGCCCAAAGGACUUCGUCGAUGGCCUGAAGCGACGGGUCGGCAGCUUGCGCCGACACAGGUAA